AUGGAAGAAGUACGUGGAAUUGAGCGCAGUUCAUACAUAUGGGGCAGGAGCAUUCACAACAUCCGUAUUGAACGUCUUUGGGCGGAUGUGACAAAUGGCCUGGGGCAAAAGUGGAAAGAAUUUUUCCAGACUCUUGAAGCCUACAACAACCUCAAUGUGAACAAUGACUCACACCUGUGGUUACUUCAUUUCCUAUUCCUCCCUUUGAUCAAUGAUGAUGCAGGCCAGUGGGUAGCCUCAUGGAAUCACCAUGUUCUUGGGUGUCAUGGUGAGCCCCAUCGGUCGCCCCACGACAUGUUCAUCCAAGGGGUGUUCAUUGAGUUGGCUGAGGACCAGGAGGUAGAAGAUAUUGCCAGCUAUGGCAUUGACUGGAACGACUUGGAUGACCAGCGUCUAUUGGCUCAUCACAAUACUCAUAAUCCUGAGGAUGGUGAUUCAACUAAUCCAUUUGUAUCAAAUCAUCCUGAUUCUAAUCUAUCCCAUGUUGAGGUUCCUGUGUCCCGUUGUCCAUUUACAAACACUCAACUUCAGUCUUUUCUCUCUGAUGUCCAGCCCCUUCUUGAUUCUAGUCUCUAUAUUGAUAUGCACUCAUGCCAUCUACUUUGGAUUCAAACAUUAGCAUUAGUUUCUUCUAGUAGAACUGCAGCUGAUACUGUUACAUAG